UUAAAAGAAAAUCCAGGGCAGUGUACUGAUUUGCACAACUUUUCCUGUCAUGACGUAGUUAACUAUAAUUAUCAAUAGUGAAAUUUGUUAGGUAAUUACUACUUAUGUUGAAUGAAGACUGGAUGCUGAAAUACUAGAUUUUUUGCAUUACAAACUAAACCGCAAAAAUGCAUGGAGACGAGAUCAAGCUGCUAUUAAAACUCAAAUAAGAACUAAAUGAUGAUCAGAUAUUCAAUAUAUAGAAAAGUUCUUUUGCUGUUGACGUUUAUUCUUCUAUUCUUUAUCAUGAAAAAGAACACAAUGAUGAACGAUAAAAAACAAAAAGUGAAUCAUAUGAACGAAAUAGAAAGGGUCCAAAUUAUGUGUGGCGAGCUCUGCAGAACAUCACGUUUUGGACAUCCAGGACUAUUUUUUCACAAAACAACAUCAAAGAAUAUCGAAUCUUGUUCUGAAACGGUGCAUAUCAUUUCUGCUGUAGCACAAGCAAAAACAGAUUUGAAUCUGAUAGAAUUUGUAGUUUUAAAUGUUCUCGAUGGCUCCAAGAAUUCCAAUUUCGACUGCUGUAUUUACGGAGAUGAGAAAUUAUCAGUUCACCGCGUAAAAGCUGUUGUGAAAGAAACGUACCCUCGAAAAAGAAGGUUUGCAGAUCUUAAAGCAAGACAGUAUCAAUGUUUUGUACAUAAUAUCAGUUUCAAGAUGAAGCAUAUUCAAUUGGUAGGAAAAAAGGAAUUUUGUAAUUCUUCUCAUAUUCGUCAGCCAGUGUUAUACGCAUCAGUCAAGAAAAACAAAUUUGCAAUAUGUGCUAAAAUAGCUUAUAACUAUCUUAAUCCAUUGCAUCUUAUUGAAUGGUUCGAAUAUCAAAAAAUGAUGGGUGUAGAUACAGUACUGAUAUCACUACAACAAGUAAAUGAAGAUGCAUAUGCAGUAUUAAAAUAUUAUGAGAGAGAAGGCAUUGCAAUACUUAUUUCAUUUCCUUGUAAAUUGCCUGGUAAUAUUGACCGCGGUUUCGCACCGCAUAAAUGGCAUUACCAUCAAAGUACACACGAUGAACAGGUCGCAGUGUAUUCAUGCAAAGAAAUUUUACAAGGAUUCGAAUAUGUGGCGGUAGUAGAUGUAGACGAGUACAUUGUCCAUGGAAAUUUCUCCAUAUACACAGAAAUGCUAAAGUCAGAGUUGUUACCAGCUUUUCCGGAUGCUGCUGCUUUCACCAUGAGAGUAUCAUUCUUCAUAACAGAUUGGGGAGUUUCAGGAGUCGAACCUCUAAUAACCAGUAAAUACAUAAGAAGAUCAAAGCCCCUUUUCAAUCGAUAUAAAAAUAUAUAUUUGCCUAACAGAACUGCUACCAUGGAUACACAUGUGGUGUGGCCAAUUAAAGGAUAUCGAAGGAUUAGACUACGGUCGCAAAAUGUAAUAUUGUAUCACUACAGAAAAUGUAAGAGCUCAAACAAUACUACGGAUGUAUGUAUGACAUUUUCCAAACAUAGUGAUACUAAAAUGAUGAAAAUAAUGUUUGAACUGUAUGAUAAAGUAGUCGCCGUUAGAAGAAGAUGUGAUAUAUCUGCUUGAUAAAUAACAUAUUUAUGAAUUAAACUGAUAAACAACUAUUUGAUACCAAACACCGAAAAGAUUGUUGUGAACAUACUGUUAAUGUAGACACGUUUUGAUUAAUAUUUGCAGUGUAUGUUUGUCUCGGUAUAUUGGUAUUCAACUAUUUUUUAUUGUUGAUAUGUUUUCCCUUACAUUUAUUUCAAUAGGAAGUUUUCAUCUUAACGGUGGUGGUGAGAGGGUGGGGGAGUCCCUUAUUACUGUAUUCUUUAAUUUUAAGCACCUCAUUAUUCUCUAUUCUUUAUUUGUUUAGUCCAUUUUUCUUUAUUCUUUAUAUUUUUUGCCCAUUGUUCUCUGUUCUGUAAACCCCCAUCCACACCCUCAUAUAAGGGAAGAUAAAUCAGGAACUUAAACUUUCUGACGGAAUGCAAGUACAUUUACCUUAUUUGUUUUGUUUGAAAAAAAUAACAAAAACGAUGACGCCAUAUUUUCCUUUUAUUUCCUGGAAGCACUUUAAUCCAGCAGCUAGUAGUACGCUACUGGAAUGAAAAUCAGAUGUUGCUUUGUUUAUAUGUAUUUUUGAUGCUUGCAAUUGGUUGUUACAAAGUUUUGGAAAUUAGGUUAGAUAAAGAAAUAUUUCUCACUCAUGCAAAGCUCUAAUUUUUUUCCCUGAUUUUACUUUUCUUUUUUGUUUUGUUUUUUGCUGUCGUCAGAUCUUCAAUUUUUGAAAUGCAACUGAAAUAGUUUGGCCUCGUGCAUCACUUGAUUACAGGUAUCCUCAAAAUUCGGACAUUAUCUUAAAUGAAACAAUAUAUCUUCCCCAUGAAAAACUCUGAUUCUUUGCCCUGCUUUGGCUAUCUUUUUCCCCUUUUUGGUUUUAUCAGUUCUUUCAUUUGUGAAUUAGAUUUGAAUAAUCAUAUAUUUUAGCCUCGAGCAUUACUGAAGAGAUGUCGAAAUACGCAGAAGGUGCAGUUGAAUUGGUACAAUUAAUGUUAUGUGAUAGCUAUCAGAUAAUAUUCUGUUUAAAUUUCAUGUUUUCAUUCACUUCUUUGACAUUUUACACAAACCCAAACUUUUGUUUAUUCUUUUAUUUUGUUGAAAAAUGCGUGAUAUAAGCUACAAUUUAGUGAAGAAUAAUAUACAUCCCCUUCUUGCCUCAUUUUUCUUAAUAUUAAAAGAAGUGCAUACACAUUUAAAAAGACUACCUACUAGAUCAUAUUUAUGUUAAGUACAUACAUAAUAGCGACAAAUGAGAGCCAGAUCAAUAUCAAAUCACCUCAAUCAAAUCACAUUAUCAAAUUUGAAACGCAUGAAUAGCCACGCUUAUAUUUUCGUUUGCGCGUGAAAGCAAGAAACGAUAGUACAACUUGUACAACUGUCUGCAGCUUAUAAUGUAUCUUGGUAUUUAGAACUGUUUUGUUAUUUAUGUCGUUUGCUUGUUGUCUCUAAUGACGUGAAAUAUGUAGCUGUCCAAAUGGAUCGAAUACGACAAUUCUUUGUAACAAAUAAACAUUAAAAGGAGACCAUUCGUUUUAUAAAUGUUUCACUUAAGAAGAUAAUGAACUAUUAUAUAAUCUUUGCUAUAUGUGGAUGUCCGUCGACUUUUUUUAAUAAACUUUAGCAGAAACAUUGUUUAACAUACAUGCAUCAUAAAAUUUCCGUAACAAUUGAGUAAAACCUUUCUUGACAUCUACACACAUGACAUUGGGUUUCCAUAUGUUAUGGCAAUUUAAGGAACUUGUGCUUUCAGGAUGAAUAUACAACCCAAACUUAUAUAUAAAUCCAUGUGAUGAUCUUUCUACGAAUUUCAUACAGUACAGUGGAGGAUUCAGAUGGUGAGGCUUUGUGGGCGAACGCCUACCUUUCGAUCAAAACAAAUAUCAUUUUUGUGGCAUACGAUUGUUAAAAAAUACGCAUCGCUACGACCGGUGCUAUUUCAACAUACCGCACACUUAAAUUUAGCUUUACAAAAUCAUGUCACCAGUGAGUUGAGACACACAUAUUGUAUAAUUCAGCCAUAUCAUGAUGAUGACCGUAAAACUGAUGUUGUAUCGAUUUCAGUCGUUUAUCCUUAUAACUCUUUUGGUGUAGGUUUUGUUAAAAUGAAGUCUGUUUUUGUGUGAAUAUGGAUGAAAUUUGUAAACGCCAUACGAUAGGACAUAUGGUAUGCCACUGCUAGGAAAUGGGAUGUUUACUAAUGGACUUUUAAUCAUUCCGAUUGUUAUAGAUUUCUGACAACCUUAAGGUCGUCCAUUUGUUUCAAUAUCGGGGAAAAGGUCAAUAUAUGGUAGACAACCUCAAGUUUCCGUUGAUUCCUAUAUUGCUAGUUUACAUCAUAUGAAGCAUUAUGUAAUAAAUUUAAAUAUUUGAUUUUUGUUAGUUAGAAGUUUCACAGCAUAUGAAAAUUCUAUUGUGUGUGUUGAUCUUUAUUCGAUGUUUAUUUAAGAUGAACUUAUAUCGUUGGUGAUAACCUAUAUUGGUUACUACAAUGUAUGAGUCGUUUAUCCUAAAUACACAGUCUCAUAGGGGACCACGGUGGCCAAGUGGUUUAGGAAAUUCAUCUACAGGUAUCAUAAGCCUGUCAACAAUGAGGUGAGUUCUAAAAAGUAUUAUAAAAAUACCGAACUCCAAGGUAAAUUGGUUUUAUAGCCAGUUAACCCUCCACUUGUUUGUAAUUCCGUUAUAUUGACAAAAUUGGGUGAGCAACAUAAUAGGUUAACUUGACAAUAAUUGGGAUCCAGCAGCCAAAGCUGUGUAAACAAACAUCACAGACAGACAUAAAACACGGCUGACUUAAAAUUUCAAACAAACAUGCAAAAAAAUCUUGCAAAAAUUCCGCUAAUAGCAGAGGCAAUCGACGAUUUUAAUAAACUAGCAUUAACGAAGUUCGGUGAUUCUCUCUAUGUACUCCGGCUACCUUCACCAAGAAGAAAACCUGGCCGCAACGAUAUUGCCAAGAGUGCUGAAAAUUGCAUUAAACACUAUAAGUCAGUCAUAAUACUACGAGAGGGUGUUUAACGACCUUUACUACCCAUGAGGGUCUCACACGGUUGAAAGCAAAAUGCGAAAAACCACCAAUAGACAAACAACAGUCUCUUUAACACAACAUAGAAAACAAAAGACUGAGCAACAUGAACCACUCCGAAAAAAUGUUUUGCUUUCUGUCUGUGAAAUUUGGGGAUUUCGAAAUAAUGAAAUAUUAGAAAAAGUUCAUUGGAAAUUUUAUAAACUCUUUCUCCAUUUACAUUCCUAGACCACAGACUAUUUAAUAUAUUGAGAAAAAAAAUUUCAGUUCUUAUACAUUCUUGACUUUCAAAUAUUCGGCUUUGAGCGUUCCUGAUAAAGGAAAAUCCAGAAAAGCACUUCGGACGCAUGAAAUUUAAAACCUGUUGUUUUCAUUUUUACAACACUGGGAAGAUACCUUUGCUGGUGGACUGUCAGUCCCCGAGGGUAUCAUCUGCUCAGUAGUCAGUACUUCGGUACUGACAUAAUUUAUAACACACCUUUCUAAAAUUGUCCGCCUUUAAAUUUUGAAAUUAUUAAGAAACUAAGGUUUCAACUUCCUCACGCAAAGUUGUCCUUAGAAGGAUUUGGGUAUUAUUUUAGGUCCUUUUUUAUUUUAUAGCUUUUCAACUGUUUCAGUUCUUAUACAUCCUUGGCUAUCAAAUAUUCGGCUUUGAGCGUUCCUAAUAAAGGUAAAUUAGGGAAAGCGCUUCGGAGGUAUGAAAUUUAUAAUGUGUUGUUUUCAUUUUUCAUGUCGGGCCCUUUUAUAGAUCAUUAUACGGUAUGGUUUAUUCCGAUUGUUGAAGGCCGUAUUACUACCUAUAGUUUUACUACCACUUCAUUUUAACUCUGGUGGAUAAUUUCGUUGUGUAAUUUGUUGGAUGCAUCAUUUAAAUUUAGUUGAUUGCUCAUCCAACAUUAAAAUUCAUUUUGUACUCAGCACUUACGGACGUUUUCGUGAUAAACUUACGUUUUUUUUUCAUAAUGGAAUACACCCAGAAUUCCUCGUUUUUCUGUAUGUAUAAAAUUUGCUAUUGGUGAUACUGAGACUAUUAAUAUAUUAAAAUCAUUUGAACAGUAUAUUGUGCCACAAUGUACAUCCGUGUCUCCAUUCCAUUGGUUGUAUUCGGGCUGAUUACUUUAAUAACAUUAGAUCCGUCGAAAUAAGAAGAUUUUAAAUUGCCGUUGCUAUAUUCCAUUCAAAAAAGUAUAUCUUCUUCAAAAUCUUAAACGGAAAAUGAAUAAAGUGCAUUGCAUAAGUUUGUUUGGAGAAAGUUAAGUUGAUUUUAUCUUUCUGGACAUUUUCUAAAAGUUAAAAUAACGUUCUGUUCAUCUUUUAUGCUUUUAUUGCUUUAAAUAUCUAUAUAACUAUAGAAAAGUAAACCUAAACUUAAACAUUUAUUUCUUUCUUUUUCGGAAAGCGUCUUCCAAUGAUCUUUCCAUUUCUGAUUCGGCUGAGAUCAGUUUAAAUUACUCGUAAAAUUGUAUGGAAUGGUCAGUAAAACUGUUCUAGAACAGUCUUUAAUACAGUUGUCCUGACACCAUUUGGAUCAAUUUCUUGUUGUUGUUAUUGGUUUUGGUAGGCGGCUUACUUAUGUAGUAAUUGCGCCUUAAAUUCAUAUAACAUAAAUAUUAUGUAUAUGUACUUUCAGUCCUUAAUUUAUUUUUAGUAUUACGUUUUGGCGAAUAAUUAUAUGAAACUUUGACGAACAUGGUUGACUGUGUUACAAUAAAGUAUUUAUAUGUAGAGAGAGAAAAAAAACACAUAACAGAAGGUACAUGUAAUAGGAAAAUGAAAAUAAAAAGCAAAUGAUAGUUCCUAAUGAAAUUUACAUUAUUAAUUGAUAGGUAUCAUAAAAUUGUUUAGAAAUUUUAUCUGGUUGUUCAUCUUUGUGUCGUCUGUGAUAUACUUAUAUAAAAAAAGUAUAUUUAGAAACAUAAAACAAUACAUGUGCUAGUUAAAUGCUACCAAUGUAAGGACGUCGCCCACGAUUGAUGUAGCAAAUAAAGAAUCCUUAAGUAA